CGGGCCAAGGUUGCAUGGAGAGACGAAAAGAUCGAAAAGUUCUUGAUGGCUUGGUGUGGCGGCGCACGAAGGAGAGGAGGUGGCUGCGAUGCAAAGUGGAGUGUAGAGGAAGAUGCACUUCGCCGCCUGCCGGACUGCGAGAGAUUUGGGAGCCUUCUUCUCUGGUGACUGGAUGCUUACAGUAGGGCCCACAUUGCACCACACAGGCCAGCAGCAGCAGUACGGAGGUCAACAGUACGGCGGCCAGCAGUACGGCGGCCAGCAGCCUUAUGGGGGACAGCAAGGCUACGGCGGUCAGCAGCAGGGCUACUACGUGAGUAUAUGCGUGGUCCCGGCUGCCAGAUUGAAAAUGUCUAACCUCUCUGCUCCUUUUCGUUUGCCAGCCUCCUCAACAACCACAGCAAGCAUACGGGCAACCUGGCUACUACCAGCAGGCUCCACCCCAGCCCGUCUACGUUCAGCAGCCUCAGCAGAAGGGAGGCGGUGCGGGGGCUGGCGCAGGUUGCUGCGCCUGCUUGGCCGGAGCCUGCCUGUGUUGCUGCGCAGAAGAGAUGUGCCUGGACUGCAUGUUCUAGAUGCCCUCCUUGCUUAUGCACCUCGAGCUUUCUUCCGCCAGCCAGCAAAUCUUUCCCGGUGCAGCUCUCUUCUUUCUUCCUUCUCGAGUGAUCUCUUCCACCUCCUCCUUCGACAGGGACAGUGUGCUUGACACUCUCCUCUGGGGUAAAUCUUUCUUUCGUUGUGGUUUGCAGCGUAGCUCCGUGCUUAUAUUAUUACUACUAUCCAUUCAUACCUAUCGUCCUGUCGGUCUAUCGCC